AUGGAAUUGCAGGGCGAGGGACUGGCGGCGAGCCUGGAGCAGAAGUUGGGGGAGCUGACGGGGGCGGUGACGCGGGCGGUGGGCGCCAUGGAGCGCAGUGGCGUGGGGCAGCCCGCGCACACCGUGGCGGGGCAGCUGGAGCAGGCACAGCGCUGGCUCGCCAACCCCGCCAUGGAUGACCGCGGCCUGGGCCAGCAGGCCAUAGACCUCAUCGUCGAAGAGGGGCGCAAGGACCCGAAAGCCCUGCGUGGGGGCGUGGGGGAGAAGUCCCUCCGUCAGAUGCUGGAGCUCGCACGUCGCGUGGCUGACCGCGCCCUUCCUCCUGACGGCGAUGUCAUCAGGAAGCUGGCGUCUGACAUCUCGUCCAUGGCUGACGCCCUCUGUGAACUGCGGCAGGAGGGCAAGGGCGCCACCCCCCAGGGCGAGGGACUGGCGGCGAGCCUGGAGCAGAAGUUGGGGGAGCUGACGGGGGCGGUGACGCGAGCGGUGGGCGCCAUGGAGCGCAGUGGCGUAGGGCAGCCCGCGCACACCGUGGCGGGGCAGCUGGAGCAGGCACAGCGCUGGCUCGCCAACCCCGCCAUGGAUGACCGCGGCCUGGGCCAGCAGGCCAUAGACCUCAUCGUCGAAGAGGGGCGCAAGCAAUGCACGGCUCCCAGCGAUGGAUUUUUCCACCCAGAUCUGGGUGACGAUCUGCCGUCGCCCUACUGGUUGGACCCAUCAGGUCGACCGUCAUCUGUGGCCCCCAUUAUCUCCCCCUCACAGCUCGCUCUCGUCACCUAUCCUUGCAAUUUGAACGGCAGCGUCCCCUCUUGCGACGCGUUCGCUCGGUUCCAACGCAUUAACGGAAGCUGCAACAACUUGAGCAAACCAAGACAAGGCAUGGCAGGGUCUAUACAGCAGAGGCUCUUCCAACAGCCUACAGAUCCUACUUUGAUGCGACGGUUCUCCGUCACGGGACGACUCUUGCCCAACCCGCGGACGGUGAGCGAGGCCACCAAGAACUCGCAUGUCCGGAGCACUCACAGCGACAUCAAUUUAUUCUUCGUCUUCCUAGGGCAGUUCAUCGACCAUGAUUUCGUCAUCACUCCAUUUGUUGAGGAUCCCCAAAAUCCCGGGAAAACCCUACGUUGUCCAAUCAUUGUUAAAUAA